AUGCCAGAGCAGAGCAACGAUUACCGGGUGGCCGUGUUCGGCGCAGGUGGUGUUGGCAAGAGCUCUCUGGUCUUGCGGUUUGUGAAAGGUACAUUCCGGGAGAGCUACAUCCCCACUGUGGAAGACACCUACCGGCAGGUCAUCAGCUGUGACAAGAGCAUCUGCACCCUGCAGAUCACGGACACCACGGGCAGCCACCAGUUCCCUGCCAUGCAGCGGCUGUCCAUCUCCAAAGGGCAUGCCUUCAUUCUGGUCUACUCCAUCACCAGCCGGCAGUCCUUGGAGGAGCUCAAACCCAUCUAUGAACAAAUCUGUGAGAUCAAAGGGGAUGUGGAGAGCAUCCCCAUCAUGCUGGUGGGGAACAAGUGUGACGAGAGCCCGAACCGCGAGGUGGAGAGCAGCGAGGCCGAGGCGCUGGCCCGCAAGUGGAAGUGCGCCUUCAUGGAGACCUCAGCUAAGCUCAACCACAACGUGAAGGAGCUCUUCCAGGAGCUGCUCAACCUGGAGAAGCGCAGGACCGUGAGCCUCCAGAUCGACGGGAAAAAGAGCAAGCAGCAGAAGAGGAAAGAAAAGCUCAAGGGCAAGUGCGUGAUCAUGUGA